AUGGAGUUGGGCACCUUCAUUGACCCCCUGUUGUUCAUUCUGGGGUUUGUCUUCAGCAUCCUGUCACAGCUUCUAUCCUAUCUCCUCUCCUUGCUGGGCUUCCUGGUCUCCCCCUUAAUAUACAUCGCCCAUGGUCUACUCUCCAUAGCAUUGUGGCCCUUGCGCCUACUGCUCAAAUUCGAGGCCUUCAUUCUUUUCACCAGUGGGGCCGUGUUCACUGGAUUCGUCGUAGGGUUAUGCCUUUAUCUCACUGGCGAUGCUUUGACGCAACUCCUGCACUUAUACCCUUUGCCUCAAUCAUCUGAUUCCACGGAGCUCGUCCCUCCGAAGGAAGAGCCUUAUGACUGGGAAGCCAAGAUCAAGGACGAGCGCUUCAUGUCCUCGACGAUCCUGGAGGAAGAAGAGACUAGUCAGGUCUCGGAAUGA